AUGGCGGAGGAUGGGAGGGAAGAGUCGGUGGCUACUGACGACGACUCUGACCACACAGCAGCAGACGGGAGCAACAGCUUGAACAACACGAUGGUGGAGGAGGGCUCCACUCUCCUGCGCAGGAUGGAGAUCUGUGUUGCUGAGGCUGAAAAAAGGAGUGGCAAAAAUGCAGUGAACAUGCAGGAGACGUUCACCGUGUACCUUGUCGAAACACGGCCAAUGGAUGCAGUUGCUGAAGGUCGCAACCCAGCCCCUGACUCUCUGUGGAGGAGAUACAGUGAAUUUGAACUUCUGCGGAACUACCUGUUAGUUACCUAUCCAUUCAUCGUGGUCCCGCCUCUGCCAGAGAAGAGGGCAGAGUUUGUGUGGCACAAGCUGUCGGCAGACAACAUGGACCCAGACUUUGUGGAGCGCCGCAGGGUCGGGCUGGAAAACUUCCUGCUUCGUGUGGCAUCACAUCCCGUCCUCUCCAAUGACAAGAUCCUCCACCACUUUCUGACUGAGGAACAUGGCUGGAAGGAAGUGGUGUAUGAGACAGGAUUUCAGGCAAAGGCAGAUUCCAGGCUGAGAGCUCUCAGUGCCACCUUCAGGGUGAGAAAUCCAGAUAAACGCUUCAUGGAGAUGAAACACUACAGUGAUGAGCUGCAGUCUCACACAUCUCAGCUGCUCCGAGCACGAGCAAGAGUUGCAGAUCGACUCUACGGUGUUUACAAAGUCCAUGGGAACUAUGGAAGAGUUUUCAGUGAGUGGAGUGCCAUAGAGAAAGAGAUGGGAGAUGGACUGCAAAGUGCCGGUCAUCAUAUGGAUGCAUUUGCUGCCUCAAUAGAUGAUAUCUUAGAAGAAGAGGAACAUUAUGCAGACCAACUGAAAGAGUAUCUCUUCUAUGCUGAAGCUCUGAGGGCAGUAUGCAGAAAACAUGAGCUGACCCAGUUUGAGCUUGAGAUGGCCACCCAGGACCUCAUCUCCAAAAAACAGCAGCGUGAGGAGCUGGCUACAGGGAUUGUGCGGACGUUCUCCUUUAAAGGAAUGACCAACAAGCUGUUUGGCCAGGAGGCACCUGAGCAGAGGGAGGCCAGGCUGAAGCUGCUGGAGGAGCUGAUCGCAGAGGGUGAAGAGACCGUCAAGGAGAAAACGAUCGAGUGCGAAGAGCAUGUUGAAAGGGCGUGGGUGGAUAUGCAGCGCUUUAAGGAGCAGAAAGACAAAGAUCUGCGGGAAGCACUCAUCAACUAUGCUGUCAUGCAAAUCAGCAUGUGUAAAAAGGGAAUACAAAUGUGGAGCAAUGCCAAAGAAUGUUUCCUCAAGAUGUAAUGUUGAAGCCAUAUUUAAAGGAUUUUCAUUCUCAGUGAUGCUCAGUUGUGGAUGCUGAGAAACGAUGCCCAGUGUCUUCUGGAUAGAGUAACAGUAAAGCAGCAACAUUGCGUAUAAAGAUAAUGUAGUUUGAAGUAUUUACACAAAAUGCAUUCAUAUGCAGUUAACUUUCAAUUUUAACUUUUUUUACUUUCUUUGUUAACUUUUUGUGGAAUGAAAAGGCUUAGGAAGGUAGUGAUUCACACAAAGCACAUGACGGGGAUACUGGAGACCAAGGUUCACAGGGUUAACUUUCUCAAGAUUUAGAUAAGACCAUGUUCUCUCUCCCUAAAGAAGCACUUUUGUUGAAGUCAUGGGGUUUUAUGCCUCUGUGCCAGCAACAGCUGUGACCGAUGGCAUUAUGUUUUUAGGUUGUCUGUCCCAUUCUGGU